UUAAUAUUUGGGGAUGCGGCUCUACUCGGGGACAUGGAGUCCUGUGCAACCUGGCAGCAAAGCAAUGCAAGCUCUCACCUUCACCUCUCUUCUGCAACCCCAACACCACCACCAUCGCCAUCGUCAUCUUCUUCUGCCUCUUCCCUCCCAUUGAAUCCCCAAUCUUUCACCGCCGCAGAUUGAAAAUUCCAGAGAGAUCUCAACCACCCAUUUGGGUUUCCAAAGGACCCAAAUAAUUCCCCAAAUCGAACACCCUUUUGGAAACCCAAUGCUGCAAAACCUGUGAUUUUUUUUGAAUCAACAGAGAGUGCAGUGAAAAGGGUUGAGCUCUGAGGGAGAGAGGGACUUGAGAAAAAUGAAAGCGAGCCAGAAAGAUCAAGAGAAAGUGAUUUGGGAUCAGAUGCGGAGCUCCACAGGGACCCCGAUUCCUGGACCCGGCUCCCAAUCUAGAGCUACCCCUAAACUCCUCGUCUGGCUCAUCCUCUUCGUCUCUCUCACUUACGUCGUCUACACUCUCAAGCUCGUCUCCACCUCACGCGCCGCCUGCUCAGACGACAGCGACCCCUUCAACCCUCUCCGCAUCUCCUUCUCCUCCUCCUCCGCCAACACCACCACCGCCCAAGAUCGGACUUCCCAGAUUCUCCAGCUCAAAACCCAAAAACCCGAUAAAGCAAACCAGCCGACGGAGAUAAACGACAUCAUUUUCGGCAUUGCCGCCUCCGCCAAGCUCUGGGAACAGAGGAAGAACUACAUCAAGCUCUGGUACAAGCCCAAGUCGAUGCGCGGGAUAGUCUGGCUGGACCGCGAAGUUGAGGAUAAAAACCCGGAAGGCGCCGGCCUCCCGCCGAUUAAAAUCUCCGGUGACACCUCCGGGUUCACCUACACCAACAAACAGGGCCACCGGUCCGCGAUUCGGAUAUCCCGGAUCGUGAGCGAAACGCUGCGUCUUGGCCUCAAGGACGUGCGGUGGUUCGUGAUGGGCGACGACGACACCGUUUUCAUCACCGACAACCUCGUCCGGGUCCUGAGGAAGUACGACCACACGCAGUACUAUUAUAUCGGGAGCUUAUCAGAGAGCCACCUGCAGAACAUUUUCUUCUCGUAUGGCAUGGCGUACGGCGGCGGCGGCUUCGCCAUCAGCUACCCGCUGGCGCUGGCGCUGAGCAAAAUGCAGGACCGGUGCAUUCAGAGGUACCCCGGACUCUACGGCUCCGACGACCGAAUGCAGGCGUGCAUGGCGGAACUCGGCGUCCCACUCACUAAAGAACUCGGAUUUCACCAGUAUGAUGUGUACGGAAACCUGUUCGGGCUCCUUGCAGCACACCCAGUGGCACCCUUAGUGACAAUGCAUCACCUGGAUGUGGUUGAGCCCAUCUUCCCCAAUGUGACCCGUAUUCAAGCCCUUCAGCGGCUUUUUAUACCAGUGAAGCUGGACUCGGCGGGAAUCAUACAACAAUCCAUCUGCUACGACAAAUCAAAGAGCUGGACCAUUUCAGUUUCAUGGGGCUUUGCUGUUCAAAUUUUUCGGGGAGUCUUUUCACCCCGCGAGAUGGAAAUGCCUUCCCGGACGUUUUUGAAUUGGUACAGAAGGGCAGAUUACACAGCAUAUGCAUUCAACACUCGUCCAGUCAGCCGAAACCCAUGCCAGAAACCUUUUAUCUAUUACUUGUCAAAGGUAAGGUUUAAUGCGACAACGAAUUCAACAGUCAGCGAGUAUGUCCAGCAUCGUACCCCUCAUCCCCACUGCAAGUGGAAGAUGGCUAAUCCUUCCAAUCUCUACAAAGUCGAGGUUCAUAAGAAGCCUGACCCGCACCUAUGGGAUAGAUCUCCGAGGCGAAAUUGUUGCAGGAUCAUGGAGUCGAAGAGGAAGGGGACCAUGGUGAUAGAUGUUGGUUUAUGUAAAGAGGGUGAGAUCAGUGAAAUAUAAGCACCCACCAUUUGAUCAAAGUUAGGAAUUUGAAGCAGCUUCUUUUCCCUUUUCUCCAAUUGAUUAUUUAGGGUUCAUUGUUUCUUAAUUUGUUAUGUUUUAAGUUCCAAAUUUUGUGUCUUUUGGGGGUGUCCAUUGCCAAAACAAGCUUUACAAAGACAGAAAAAGAAUAUUUCAUGUACAAAAGUUGUAGGCUACAACAUUCCACACUUGUCUCUGAGCAGUUAAAUUGUUAUUCAAUUUAUUUGGAUUUUGGAGUGAA